AUGACCAAAGGACCGGCGGUGUUUGACUCUAUGGUGCCGGGCAUCGCUGACAAAUGGAAGAUGGCAAAUUCAGCGCUUGAACGGUACAUUCAGGAUUCUCAAGCGAACCAUCAGGAACCGGAAAUGCGAUAUGAGGCCAAAGAGGAUGCGAUGAGGAGUGGAAACGACGAGGAAGUUCAAGUCCGUUUGUCAGACAUCGACGUUUCACCUGGAAUCCAUAGCGACCUCCAAUCGGUUCAACACCGAACCGCCAUCAUGGAAUGA